AUGACAAAACAAAAGCUUCUGCUUGAUGGAACGCUCUCCUUGUUUCUGAUCGUGACCUGUGAAGCUCAGCAGCUCCCGAGGAGUCAUGUUGCUGCUAGUUCCGGUCCUCUGUGCGAGAAGGAGGCAGAGUCCUGGGGAAACCUUUUCAGCAGCGAGCGGCUGGAUGCCUGGAUUUGUUCCCUCAUCGGUUCGUUCAUGGUGGGGCUGAGUGGGGUCUUCCCCUUACUGGUGAUCCCAUUUGAGACGGGAGCUGCUCUGCGAUCAGAAGCUGGAUCCCACCGUUUGAAGCAGUUGUUGAGUUUUGCAAUUGGUGGGCUACUGGGGAAUGUGUUUCUGCACCUGCUUCCUGAAGCCUGGGCCUACACAUGCAGUGCAACGACAGGAGAAGGGCAGAGCUUUCAGCAGCAGAAGCUUCUGGGUCUCUGGGUGAUCAUUGGUUUCCUGACCUUCCUGGUGCUAGAGAAGAUCUUCCUAGAGAAAGAAGAGGAGUGCCCUGGUGUGGGCGGUGAUUCCAAAGCACCAGCUGGAAAGAUUCCCAAUGGAAGUGGCUACCCCAUGCCAAAGGUGGCAGGCCAAUCCCAAAGAGCAGGAACAGGUUCAACUCAGUGUAACGGCUCCUCUUGCCAGUCUUAUCCAACAGACAACAGGAUCAAGAUCAGUGGAUACCUCAAUCUGCUGGCCCACACCAUUGACGUUGGGUUCCUAACCACAAUGGCCAUUCUCUUGCACGAAAUCCCACAUGAGGUUGGAGACUUUGCAAUCCUGCUUCGGGCUGGCUUUGACCGCUGGAGUGCAGCCAAGAUGCAGCUUUCCACAGCUCUGGGGGGGAUUCUAGGAGCCUGCUUUGCAAUAUGUGCUCAGUCACCAAAAGGAGCAGGGGAAACGGUAGCCUGGAUCCUGCCUUUCACUUCUGGAGGAUUUCUGUAUAUUGCCUUGGUAAAUGUUGUGCCUGAUCUCCUGGAGGAAAAGAAUCCUUGGAACUCCUUGCAACAAAUUCUGCUCCUGUGCACGGGCAUUACAGUCAUGGUGCUACUCUCGCUCACAACCGAGUGA